AUGCAUGCCAAAGGUAGAGUUGAUUUUGCGCAUGCCAAAUGUGGAUUUCCGAUUCACCACAAGCUAAAGGUCAAGCAGAUUUUACACAGGUCGAAAGUUGAACCGAUUCGGCACAGGCCAAAUGUAAAACCAAUUUAUCCCAAACUAAAGUCGUCAAUUGCAAAAGGAGAAAGAGAGGGUGUCUGUGUGAAUGAGAGUGAGACCAACUUGAAAUUUCUCCUUCGCUUCGAAGUGGUUACAACUAGAAUUGGGACUUUAAAUCGAAAACCUGAAUCCUGCACCUUGAGAAUUAACUGCACACAAUUGGGUAGAGACACUAGCGCUAGUUCCGAAAGGGUUGGAGUUGAUGCAUUGGAUAAUGGUGGUGAUGGAGAGGAAUCUAAUGUGGAGUGGGAAUCUGAGUUUCUUGGGGAAGUUGAUCCAUUGGGUUACCAGGCUCCCACUAAAAAAAGUGACAAUGUGCAGAGGUCAAAGUUGCUUGAAGAAACUUAUGAAAUGGAUUUGUGUGUGAGGGCUAGAAAGAAAGCCCUGAAAUCAAUUGAAGCAAGGGGCAUGAGUCAUCUGAUUGAAGAUUUGGUUACUGUUAAGAAGAAAAAGAAGGACAAGAAGAAGGUACUCGUCAAGCUUCUUCAACCUAGAGGCAAAGCUAAGGUCUAGAAUG